GCGGUUGGCGGGAGUCCCGCGAGAGCCGGGGCGGGCGCGGGGCCGGGGCCAUGAUUCCCCCGGAGGAGGCGGCGGCCGGGAGCGGGGUCCCCCCGGAGCGGGCGCGGGGCCGGACGCGGGGCCUGCUGCGGGACAUCCGCACCCCCGUGUGCCGGGAGCCCUUCCAGGAGCGCUACGGGCUGAGCCCGGGCCGCGAGCUGGGCAGAGGCAAAUUUGCAGUGGUCAGGAAAUGUGUCAAGAAAGAUUCUGGAAAAGAAUUUGCAGCAAAAUUCAUGAGGAAAAGAAGAAAAGGCCAAGAAUGUCGGAUGGAAAUAAUUCAUGAGAUCGCAGUCCUUGAGCUAGCGCAGGGCAACCAGCGGAUCAUCAACUUGCACGAAGUCUAUGAAACCUCAUCAGAAAUGAUCUUGGUGCUGGAAUAUGCUGCUGGAGGCGAAAUUUUUGACCAAUGUGUAGCUGAGAGAGAAGAAGCCUUUAAGGAGAAGGACGUGCAGAGGCUCAUGAGGCAGAUUCUAGAAGGCGUCUCCUUUUUACAUGCCCACAACGUGGUCCAUCUGGAUUUGAAGCCCCAGAACGUCCUCCUGACAAGUGAGUCUCCUUUGGGGGACAUCAAGAUCGUAGAUUUUGGCCUUUCCAGAAUGAUGGAGAGCAGUGAGGAGCUCAGGGAAAUUAUGGGCACACCCGAAUACGUGGCCCCAGAGAUCCUCAGCUACGACCCGAUCAGCACGGCGACAGACAUGUGGAGCAUCGGGGUCUUGGCGUACGUGAUGCUCACCGGGAUAUCCCCCUUCCUGGGGGACGACAAACAGGAAACGUUUCUGAACAUCUCCCAGAUGAACGUCAGCUACUCCGAGGAGGAGUUUGAUGUGGUGUCCGAGGCGGCCGUGGACUUCAUCAAAGCGCUGCUGGUGAAGAGACCUGAGGACCGGGCCACGGCCGAGGAGUGUCUGAGCCAUCCCUGGCUGACCCAGGGCAGCAGCCCCGAGCCCCCCUUGCGACUCCGGAGCUUGCUGGAAGAGUCCAGCGGCACCCCAGAAGGAGGCCCGAGGGCCCAGGCUGGCGGGGCCGAAGGGGCCUUGGAGGAGGAGCUGGUGCUGGUGGCCUCCUACGUGCUGGGCCCGUGCCGCCAGUCUGAGAAGGAGAAGAGGCAGCCCAAGGCCAUCUCCAAGCGGUUCAGGUUCGAGGAGCCGCCGCUGCUGCAGGAGAUGACCGGCGAGUUCAUCUACUAGGCGGGGCCCGGGGCCCGAGGAGGGGCCGCGCGGGGGGGCACCCGCCGGCGAGCUCUGUGGGGGGCUGGUGUCUGCACUUUGGUUCUUAAUACACGGGGACUCCAGGAGCGUCGAGUGCCAAUCCUCGCCAGGAGAACGUGCCUUAGCCGCGGGCGCACGGGAGGCCGUGUAGACUUGUAGGGUUUAGUUGAAGUGAGAGACAGAAAAUCUCCCCUUGGUUAUUUUUCUAGGAGUCAGAAUGGCAGUGAGGACCGUUUGGCAGUUUGGGGGCAUGGGAAGGGUCAUUAAUGAGAAGCCCCCCCCCCCUUGGGUUUGUUCCUCCUCCAGGAGGUGACUCUAGUUCUUCCCCUUGGGCCGCGGUCUGGUUCCCCUUCCCCCAGACCUUUUCCUUAAAGCUACAGUAGUGGGUUAGGAGAUGUCACCUGGGGUCAGUGUGAUCUGACCAGUAUGGGGCCGUGGUCAGUGAGGAGACCCUGUGGUGUUCUGAGAAGGGGAAGAUGUGAAAGGCUGCCUGGGGGCCCACACAUUUCCCGGAGGAAGCUCGUGACUUCCCAGCGGUCCUAGGACCCCGAUUCUCUUUGCCUCUGGAAACGUUCCCAUCGUGUGUGGUGUCUGGAGAGGGAGCUUCCUCUGAAAGAACUUUUGUUCCCAAGUGAUCCCAGUUAUUUAAAUUAAAACUGAAUGUAUUUUUGUGUGAAAACCUGACGCUCAAUUCCUACAACGCAAGAGAAAUUCUCAAGUUACUACUGCCAGUGAGACCCUCGCAGUGAGUGCCCUGGAGCUCUGAGAGCCUCUGCCUUCGGUUCCCUGGGAACCCUGACAUUUAUGAUCCUUCUCAGUGUGUGGAUCCUCAGUAUUACUAGGAGCCUUCCCAGUGUUUUCUUUCCUGUUUAAUUUAUUUUUAAAAAUCUGUUCAUUUGUCAGUAGCCUUAGAAUUUGUUCAGUUGUAAUUUGACUGAAGUGACCCGUGUACACACCUGGUUGGACUGAUCCCCACCGUGUGAACCGAGUGACUGGAUUGGCUCGGGUCCCGUCCGUGCGCAGCUCCCUUGGCUGGAGCCUGUGAUGGGUCAAACCCCCCGGAAGGGAGGAAGGCAGGCUCCGCGCUUCUCACUGUUAAAGGCCUCACUUGAGUUGGGAAAUUUCAAAAGUUGCCAUUAACAAAACACUAAUAAUGCCCGUGUGCAGAUCACGAAGUCCCCCGAUCUGGGAAGUGACUGUACCUCGGAGGUCGCAGGGACACGGCGGUCCUUCUGAGCUCGCAUUCCACUUGUGUUUCUGUUAAAUUAAGUCACUGAAUUGCAUUUAGUGAAUUUGCUAAAAAACAAAGCUUUCUUUUAAGCUGGCUACUUCAAAAUGGCUGCUCUGCAAUUUGAAAUGUUCUCUAUUUUGGUAAGUUUUUGUGCCUUAAAGUUUGGGUUUUUGUAAGUAUUUUUGAGUCAUUCAUAAUUUGUAUAAAGUUAUUAAAGUUUAUUGGUUUGUAAGUUAUAAACAGUAUGAAAAGUCUUUAUAUAACAGGCCAAUUAAAGUAAAAUUUCUAUUAUUGCUUGA